AAUCGAUCAGAGAGAGGAAGAUGGCGGUGGAAGGAGUUAGAGGGGCAGGAUCGAUCACCGAAAAACUCGAUUGGAUUUGUUUUGCCUAACUCAGUCAAACACUCCUGAACAGCGCUCGGUCCGGCGGUUUGAAGCCGGAGUGAAGAAGCGAUAACAAACAGAGCCUGUGCCUGCCAGCCUCUUGCACCAUCCUCAAGUCUUCAGGACAAUGGAGUUCCCAUGGCACAGUGGGAAAGUUCUGGAGCAGCUUAACAAGCAGCGCAGGCAAGGCCUGCUCUGCGACUGCACCUUCGUUGUGGAUGGGGUGGACUUCAAAGCUCACAAAGCUGUCUUGGCAGCAUGCAGUGUCUACUUUCGCACCCUGUUCUUGGACCAGAAGGAUGUGGUGCAUCUGGAUAUUAGCAAUGCAGCAGGUUUGGGUCAGGUCCUGGAGUUUAUGUACACUGCCAAGCUGAGUUUAAGUCCACAGAACGUAGAAGAUGUGCUGUCUGUUGCUCACUUUCUACAGAUGCAUGAAAUCAUAAAUGCAUGUUCUGCAUACCAGUCAAUGUCAAAUCAAGCUCCGUCCCUCAUAACACUGGAUUUUGCUGUUGAUGAAAAGACCUGUGAAGGCGGACCGAAAGAGGAACUUGAGAAUCACCUGUCAGAAGCGGCAUCGCAAGCAGAGGAACAUCCUCUGAGCACUGCCAUAGUUGAUAAAGACUCCAUACAAAUUCAGGAUGGUUUCAAGGAAGACAUCACUACUGAAACACAGCGAACUGUUUCUCAGCCCAACCCUGCUAGAAUCAACUUGAGCCGUGGACGACCCCCCAAAGCCACUCAGAAGAAGAUAUCUGUAAAGAAUGAGGAAGAAAAUGCUGUGCAAGAAACUCCUGUAUUUCAGGAUGACCCCUCUGAUGCUGACUACGCACCCAAAUCUGAGUUAAAACCUGCUGGCAACUCACCCUACAUGAGCUCUCGAGGGAGAAGAAUCAGAAAACCUCCUCGACGAAACUUCCCACCUGACAAUGACUCUGAGGAUGAAGGCCCAUCAAAGACAAAACCUAAGAAGAAGGUGGCAGAGCCAGUGGCAGUGGCUGAAGGACAGGAGGAUGACUCUGUGGAGACCGGCGAUGGGGAGGCUGAUGACGAAGAGGGACUUGGAGAGGAAGAUGACGAGAUCAGCCACCAGGUGGGAGGAGUCAGUUCAAGCAGCGAGGGAGACGGGAGACAAGCUCAGUCAGCAUCUAUGAGCAGCCGAUCAGAAUCAAAGCCUUACAGCUCUGUGACACACAAAUGUGAGGACUGUGGGAAGAAAUUCACCCACACAGGUAAUUUCAAGAGACACAUGCGUAUUCACACAGGAGAGAAACCAUUCAGCUGCCGAGACUGCAACAAGGCUUUCUCUGACCCUGCAGCUUGUAAAGCCCAUGAGAAAACACACAGCCCUCUGAAGCCGUACUGCUGCUCUACAUGUGGAAAGAGCUACCGCCAGAUCAGUCUGCUCAACCUGCACCGCAAACGCCACACAGGUGAAGCACGGUACAGUUGCGAAGUGUGUGGCAAGCUGUUUACCACUUCAGGCAAUCUGAAGCGCCACCAGCUGGUGCACAGUGGAGAGAAGCCAUACCACUGCGACUUCUGUGAGAAAGCUUUCUCUGACCCCACCGCCAAGAUGAGACAUCUGGAGACGCAUGACACGGAGAAGGGCAACAAGUGUCCACACUGCGACAAACGCUUCAACCAGCUGGGGAAUCUGAAGGCUCAUUUAAAAAUCCAUAUUGCAGAUGGGCCUCUGAAGUGCAAGGAAUGUGGCAAACAGUUCACCACUUCAGGAAAUCUGAAGAGGCACUUGCGAGUUCAUAGUGGAGAGAAACCAUACAUUUGUGUGCACUGCCAGAGAGCUUUCAGUGACCCUGGAGCUCUGCAGCGACAUGAGCGCAUCCAUACAGGAGAAAAACCCUGCGUUUGUCUUAUCUGCGGCAAGGCUUUCACCCAGGCCAGCUCCCUCAUCGCUCAUGUCCGCCAGCACACGGGAGAGAAACCCUAUGUCUGCGAUCGCUGUGGCAAAAGGUUUGUGCAGUCUAGUCAACUGGCCAAUCACAUUCGCCAUCACGACAACGUCCGCCCACACAAGUGUCAGAUGUGCAACAAGGCAUUUGUCAAUGUGGGAGACCUAUCAAAACACAUCAUCAUUCAUACAGGGGAGAAACCUUUCCUGUGUGAUAAAUGCGGUCGAGGAUUCAACCGUGUGGACAAUCUGCGCUCACACGUCAAGACUGUCCACCAUGGCAAGGCUGGCAUGAAGCGGCUGGUGGUAGCUGGAGGAAGUGCAGACGAGGAGGCUGAUGGAUGUGCAGGGGCAUCCACCUCUGACAGUGAGAUCAACAUAGUUACUGUUACCACGGAGGACAUCGUCACCCUGGCAACAGAGGCCCUGGCAGCCACUGCUGUAGCUCAGCUGACAGUUGUUCCAGUGGCUGCUUCAGUGUCUGCAGAUGAGACUGAGGCUUUGAAAGCUGAAAUCACCAAGGCAGUCGAGAAAGUGCAAGAAGCAGACCCCAACACCCAGAUCUUGUACGCUUGUGAUUCGUGUGGUGAUAAAUUCUUGGAUGCUACCUCCUUAGCUCAGCAUGUUCGCAUCCACACUGCUCAGGCUUUGGUCAUGUUUCAGGCAGAUUCUGACUUCUAUCAGUACACAGCAGCUGCUACUGCUGAAGGGGAUUCUGUUGCAACAUGGCAACCCACACCGGAACAGGUCAUCCCCGAAGCAGAGCUAAUCUUCCGUCCCCAAGAUGGAGAGGGAGAAGCAGAAGGAGGGAUGGUUGGGCGAACUCAAGGAAAAGAAAGAUCAGGAGAGGUCACGAACAAGGAAGAGGAGGGGGUGGAGGAUGGACAGGCAGAAACCCAUACUCAGCUCCAAACACAUGGAAAAGAUAUAGAGGAGGAUAAAGAAGAGAUGGAAUGUGAGAAUUAAGUAUAGUGGGAAAGAUAUUUGAGGAUUGUAUGAAAUAUUGUGUGUAACAGAAAGCAAAUUUAUACAAGAGGAACGAAAUGCAGGCCAUGUGAUGAUGAGGCCUCAGAGUUGCAUCAUACCCCAGCAUUCAACAUAAAUCUAAACUGGAUUCUUAUCAUACUGUUUUCUUAAACUAUUUUUAUCUGUAGAUUAAUAGUCCUCAACUGUGUUUUUGCAGUCCUAAUCCUGGCAAACAAGGUGAGAGUCAGAGAUUUUUGGUAAAUGUUGAGAAUUCUUACAGAGAUGGUUAUACAAUUUGUAAAGUUUGUUUAUUUUUGGAAUGAAUGUAGGAUUGUGCUUUGUCCCUUGUAUAAAACAUUUAGAUCGCAAUUUUGUGUUGCCUAAUAUAACUUUAACAAAGACCUCCCUGUGCUAUUUUUCCAUUGCCUUGAUGAAAUAUAUAUGUUUUCCUAAAACACUGAAAGUAUUUUGUUGUUAUACAGAGAUUAUCUACAUGAACAUGUAGCGGUACUAAAGAUUUAAGUGACAGACAAAACACACCUUUUACAGAAGUGAGGUGUCAUCUCCAUGUUUUCGGCAAACAUGGUAAGUCCUGUGCUUGUACAUUAUUUGUAUAUUUGGUAUGUGUCCUCAGAAACUCCUAAUACCUCUGAUUAGAAAAGGAAAUGUGUGUGGUGAUGACAAACUGAUCAGUCAUUUUCAGUUUCACAUUGAUAACAAGACAGCUUUUUUUCUAGUAUGAUAGUGUAUUGUCACCAGUGGGUUGGUGUCAUUAUUUUGUCUGACCAGAUUAACACCUCUGAAAUGCUCCAUUAAAUGUCUGUAACCUUUCUUACACCCACUUUAUGCCACCAUCAGCUCAAUAAAGAAUGAUCACAGUCUGA